AUGAAAUUGCUUCUUCUAACUCUUACAGUUUUCAGUUUUUUGCUGCUUUCUGAUGCGUGCUGCCCAUUUCCAGCCUUCUCAUUUUCAGCGGUUACCAGUGUAACUAAGGAAGACUUCAAGUGUUCGGAAUCGAUUACAGUAACCUGUAGCUAUGAGGAUGAAACUGCAAAAGUUGGAAUUGCUGCAAAUGUGACGGAUGAGGAAGGAACUAAACCUAAUGUGCUCAAAAGAGGCUCAUCACCAGUGAAGGUUACUUUGACUUGUGAUAAGGCCAGCAAGCUUUGGAAAGUGGACAAAUCGUCCAAGAAAUACUCAAAUGUUGCAUGUGUCAUGAGCAACACUGGAAGUGUUUGGGUUCUUUAUUGA